AUGUCUUUAUUUGCCUCGUCACUCUUCGUGAAAUCAAAGCAACACUUCCAACAUCAAAUGCGCCUUUCGACAUAUGGCGGGUCCAUUCACGCACUUGCAAUAUCUAAUGAUGGCCAAGCUCUUGCAUGCAGCGGGACCGAGGGCAUCAAACUCUGGGAUAUCAAAUCUCGGAAAGAACUUACAUGCUCGAUUCAUCACCACGAGUCCCAAGGCACAGUCAGCUAUGCUGUCUGGGUCACAACAAGAUUGGGCAUGGCAGAAACCCUUUGUUAUGGAACUGGGCUGGGCUACAUCAUAUUCUUACGACGUAGCCAUGUAGAUAUGCCUUUUCAGGAGAUCUGUGCUAGGAGGCUUGGAUCAGGCUUCGAAAUUACAUGCAUGGUAUGGGAUUUGACAUCCUCCGAAACGACUACGCGGAUUGCAGUGGGAACGAGGGACAAGAUAGUUCAAGUCCUCAUUCUCAACACAAACUCGCAGCUGCAGGCCGUGUUUUCAGUGCAACUCGAUAACACAGUGCCCAAGUCUGUAGCAUUUGCAGACAAUGGAUGUGUCUAUGUCUUCAGACUGUAUGAUGGGAACUUCAUCAAACUGAAAGGUGAUGACAGCGCAGUGGUGAAGGAAUAUAGCUGCCAAUCAGUUAUUGGACACGCAGCAGUCAACCAGAAGAGGGGCGUCUUUGUGGUGGACAAUGCUACUGACGGUUUUACUUUAUAUUGA